AUGGUGCUGAUGAUUGCCAUGAGCUUAGUCUCGAUGGAAAGCACUGACGAUGCGAUCAUGGGGAACCCUUUCGACCUCAGCACGGAGGCCUUGGCGUCUAUCGCCGAUCUAGAUGACUAUCCCAUCGAAGACAACGAUGCUGCUCGAGCUGACCGCAUGCUCGCGGCCCUGGAGUCCAUCCCUGAGGGCGAGCGCCAAGGCAUGGACCUAGACGUGGAAGCUUUGCGCUCGAAGCCCCUUGCGGAGCGGUUGGCCAAGUUACAGGGGCUAUGGGAAGUACGGCAGCAGGAACUCCGCGAGGCUUACGACGCGAUGCCUAAGGUGAACGAAUUACUGAUGGAACGGAUCGACAUCCUGAACAACGCCGACGCAACGGAUGGCGCCCUGACUGGCGCUCUCACCGACCUGGAGGACCUGCUGUCGGAUAUCGACAUGGCUAGAGAUUUCCAUACUAUCGGAGGAUUCCCCACGCUGGCUUCCAUGCUCCGCUGUUCGCGACCAGAAGGUGUUCGUGAACUAGCAGCCUGGGCAGUCGGCACUGCGGUGAAAAAUGAGCCUGAACAUCAACUGUGGGCGUUAGAGGACGGUCCUGAUUCCCAACCCUCGGUGCUGGCUCUUCUGCUGGAAAACGCCAUGGCCGCCACGACCCCGACUCUGAGAAGCAAAGUUGUCUAUGCACUUUCAGCGUGCUUGACAAAUAGUGGUGAUGUACAGCUUCAGUUCGGCUCGCGAAUGGGAGAGGCCGUGCUUUCAGCGAUGUACGGUGCAGAUGGAUCAGAUCGCCGUGUUAGAAUGAAGACCCUCACCCUCAUGUCAGAUUUGCUUCAAGAGGCUGCGAGAGGCUCGCCGGCAGCUGUUCUAGCCACGAUGCCUGUUGGCUCCACGGCUUCGUCGGGCGGGGCCUGGUGUCGCCGAGUAGAUGAAGCGCUGCAGCAUGCACAUUCUCCAGCUGCGCUGGAAAAGGCGAUCGAAGCUGUUCAGUCUUUUACACCCUCGUGCAGGGAUCAAUUUGCACAGCUCGACACAAAACGACGAUUAGAAGGCCUAGCCCAGCAAUGCCGUUCAUCGCCUCCGGAGGGGUUCGAGGUAGCAGAGGAAGAAUUUCACAAGGAAUUGACCCAGAAAUUGGAAGAAUGUGCUGUCGCUCUUCGAUGACCCGAGCAGAGUAGUGUGGCAUGUAGUGGUACUUUCGACGAGCUUGU